CUUCCUGCCCGAACAGUUCAGUUCAGGAAGAAGAAAUAAUGGCGACGCUUUUGGGGUCCGAUUCCCCUUGUAUUGGAGGAAAACGAAGAAAUGACAACAGCAAUAUCAUUUCAAAGUUUACGGCCAGUAAAAUUACCGGCCAGGGGUUUAGUCGAGGAACAGAGCUCCCGGUAGGCCUACUUCAGGAGAGAGAUAAACGGGCGAAGUGGCAUGGCAUCCCUCCUCUGCUGCAGAAGCUCUAUGAGAGCAGCCAUCCAAACAGUGACCUCUCCCAUGCCCACAGCUUUCUUAAGGUAUUAUCAUCCCAACUCUCCAUGGAGGCCAUGUCUUUUGUCACAGAGGACAGGAAGACUGCUCAGGAAUCCACCUUUCCCAACACACAUACCUUUGACCUCUUCGGUGGAGUCGAUCUGCUUGUGGAGAUCUUAAUGAGACCCACAUUAACUAUGCAGAAGAAGAAACCCAAAAUGAAUGAUGACUUGGUCAAAGACUGCCUUAGUGUUCUCUACAACUGUUGUAUAUGUACCGAGGGCGUCACAAAGAGUCUAGCAGCAAGGGAUGACUUUGUCCUGUUUCUCUUCACCCUGAUGACAAACAAGAAGACCUUCCUGCAGACAGCUACACUUAUUGAAGAUAUUCUGGGAGUCAAAAAGGAAAUGAUUCAGUUGGAUGGCAUCCCCAAUCUAUCAGGCCUGGUCCAAAGCUUUGACCAGCAACAACUAGCCAACUUUUGCCGCAUCCUAUCGGUUACCAUCUCAGAACCUGAUGUGGGAAACGAUGACAAGCACACCCUGCUGGCUAAAAAUGCCCAGCAGAAACGCAAUGCUAGCCCCUCACGGGCAGAGGUCAACCAGGUAACCCUUCUGAACAUCCCCGGCUUCAUUGAGCGGCUGUGCAAGCUGGCCACUAGAAAAGUGUCCGAGGCCACAGGAGCUAACUUCCUGCAGGAGCUAGAGGACUGGUACACCUGGCUAGACAACGCUCUGGUCCUGGACGCCCUCAUGCAGAUGGCAACAGAGGAGCCUGAACAAAGCAGUACAGAGUCAUCUGAUGAGAGUUCCCUUGCCACCAGUCCUCUGAGACAUCGACUGCCCCAGUCCAUGAAGAUUGUCCAUGAGAUCAUGUAUAAAGUGGAAGUGCUGUAUGUGCUUUGUGUCCUUCUUAUGGGGCGACAGAGAAACCAGGUCCACAAGAUGCUUGCGGAGUUCCGUCUUAUCCCCGGGCUGAAUAACCUGUUCGACAAGCUUAUCUGGAGGAAGUACACGGCUUCAAAUCAUGUGGUGCAUGGCCAGAACGAGAACUGUGACUGUAGUCCAGAAAUAUCCUUUAAAAUCCAGUUCCUUAGGCUACUUCAGAGUUUCAGCGAUCAUCAUGAGAACAAAUAUCUCCUGCUGAAUAGCCAGGAGCUGAAUGAACUCAGUGCCAUUUCUAUGAAGGCCAACAUCCCUGAGGUGGAAGCUUUGGUAAACACAGACAGAACUCUGGUGUGUGAUGGGAAGAAGGGACUCCUUACACGCAUCCUCACUGUCAUGAAGAGGGAGCCACCAGACUCAUCCUUCAGGUUCUGGCAGGCGAGAGCAGUGGAAAGUUUUCUUCGUGGAGCCACUUCCUAUGCAGACCAAAUGUUCCUUCUGAAGAGAGGACUACUAGAGCACAUCCUAUUCUGUAUCAUAGACAGUGGCUGCACAUCUCGGGAUGUCUUACAGAGCUACUUUGAUCUGCUUGGAGAGCUGAUGAAGUUCAACAUUGAUGCCUUCAAAAGAUUUAACAAAUAUGUCAACACUCCAGAGAAGUUUCAGACUUUCCUGACACAGAUCAACAGUUCUCUGGUGGACUCUAACAUGCUGGUACGCUGCAUUGUCCUAUCAUUGGACCGCUUUGAGAGUCAGACUGAAGAUGUUAAAGUGGUGGAGGUACUUUCUGAGUGCUGCCUGCUGUCAUACAUGGCCAGAGUUGAGAACAGGCUGUCCUUUCUCUUCCGACUGAUCAACAUCAUCAACGUACAAACUCUGACACAGGAGAAUGUGAGCUGUUUAAACACCAGUUUGGUGAUCUUGAUGUUGGCCAGAAGAAAGGCUAAAUUGCCCUUCUACCUCAAUGCCCUGCGGGAGAAGGAGUAUGCUGACAAGUACCCAGGCUGCCUGCUCAACAACUUCCACAAUCUACUGCGCUUCUGGCAGCGCCACUACCUCAACAAGGACAAAGACAGCACCUGUCUGGAGAAUAGCUCCUGUAUCCCCUUCAGCUAUUGGAAGGAGACGGUGUCCGUGCUGCUUGGCAUAGACAGGACUUCUCUGUGUGCCAUAUCGAGCUACAUUGAUGAGCCCUUCAUGGAUCUGGACAGAGACCUGCUAGAAGAUUGACAUCCAGUGGGUUCACUGUGGGCAGGACAGGGCAGAGGAUGGCAGGGAGCAUGGACAUCUACAGCUGACGAGGACUCCACUGCACUGAGCCAUCCAGGCACUUUGUGACUGUGUUCUGGAUGUUAAGACUCGCAUGUUUGCUGUUGGUACCUUCGCAUGGAGGCCUUCAUCACUGAUAUGAGGGGAUGUAAUUCGCACUAAAUUGCCAUGCUCUUCUUCAAAGGAGGAGGGAGAAGCCUUUAUGCCCAUCCCAGAUUGGCCACAUCAUUUAAAAGACAAUAAUGGGACCUUGUGAACCACACCUGCAUUGGUUGUUUGCUGUAGGUGAACUUCAAAUAGAGCCUUUUAUAUAACCUAUACAAAAUUCUAUGGAAAAAAAUAUGUAUGAUUAAACAAAGUAUAUGUUAGAAAAAUGAGUCUUUUCACCUGUUGACCACAGAUUAAACUGUAAGUCUGACAAAGGUCAUUGAUGCGUCACGGGGCUGCCAGGAGUCGCCAGCCUCAACCUCCCACUACCUACACACUCUUGGCUGACUCCACGCCAAUCCAAGUCCUUACCUGAUGGUUGAUAGAACUGGUGGUUUUGGAGUUUCUCCAGGGGUCUUAAUGAACAGCAUUUUUAUUUUACCUUCCUGUGGGUCUAUGACGUUCGGUGCUUUCUGGCUCUACUUGGCUCAUUAGGAUAGCUUUUGGGUUUGAUGACACUUUUCCCCCAUCACACAGGGCUCCUCAACAGAAACCAUCCACUCUGUCGUGGUGUCAAAACGUUCACCCAGGGCCUCCUUUCUUUACCAGGUUAUUUUUUUGAUUGACCUUUUCUCCUGUUGAAAAAAAUGGCUUUUAGCUCUGGAUAAACUGUAGAAUAAAUGAUGCACAGGUGGUGUUGUUUUUAUUGUUUAUUAUAUUUUAACACAUUUGUUGAUUAAAAAGGUCUUUGUAACACAGUGUAUUGAUGUUGUAAGAGAUGGUUUAGGAAAGAAUAAACUAUGCAGGCACUAGUGUUAAGAUACUACUUUCCUUGCUCCAGCCACACAAACCUUGUGUGUAGCCUUCUGCCCAGCAGCAUCGGCGAUGGACUGAAGGUUUACGACUUUCUCUGGUUUCUGCUACUUCUCAAAAUCUUUGACUACAAGCUAAGAAUGACAAUCGUUUAAUGUGAUGGCUCUUUUUGCAUGGCACCACUCGAUCUUUACUAAAGAUAAAGAAGAUGCAGCUGGCACGGCUGUGUUGUUGCCUGUCCAUGGCCUGAAUGUGCAGCUGUUUGGGGGAAAUGGAAAAUGCAGACAUUAACAGAUUUUUGGUGUCUCGAAAAUAAACAGACACAACCUGGGAUAAGUACAAAUGGAUGAGCUACCUCAUAUUUUAUCCUCACAGCGUACAGAUCAAACCACUUCUGAUGAUAACUGUACAGUUUUACUCCCAGCAUGUCAUGGUUCAUAGUUCAUGUUCAUGUGAAUGUAUAAAGGCAUUUCUACAGUAGGUCCCUGAUGCCAUGAGUUACUAGUAUUAUGCCGCCUUAGGAUGCAAACACAAACAUCCUUUACACUUUGAAAGCCUUUUCUUUGCUUUAAAGCUAAUCAACCAGAAAUGUUUCCUUUCUCUUUAGCUUUCAUUCAGCAUGUCUUAAAUCUCUUUAUAGGUGUGCACAUACUUUGAAUAAGUUCAUCUUUUGUGCUGUGCAAUUCAUUUAAUGCAACUACACUUAACAAGUGCUUCUCUCUAACAAAUUCUCAGUUUCUCUGCAGAAUGCCUGAGAUAAUCGCAAAGGUUUCUUGAUGAAAUGAUGUGACCAAACUCUGGGUGCUCCUGCAGUCGUGUUUUAUUCUUGGAACUGAUCAUGUGUCAUCGUUAAUUAUAUUCCCUGUUAUCACUCGAGUCAUCCAUCAUGAAAGUCAAUCAUGCUAUUGGUAUAGAAACAUGAAUGUUGUGAGCACUCCUCUGAGGUGACUGUAUUUACAAUCUCUUAACCCUGACUUCUGUAGCUUUGUGAUCCAAAUGAGAGAGUGGCCCUUUUGUAUGAUGCACAUGAGAAUCUGUAUGUGGUGUGAUGCUCCUAGUAGGCCUUAGAUUUCAUUCAUUUAUAUGUAAAGGGAAUGCUGACUAAUGUUAUGCCCUUUGGACAAGAACAUGCUGCAUACAUAACACAUUUUGGUUUCUAUUUUAGAAUCCUGACAUUUUGACUUCAUUUAUUUACGUUAUGUUUUCAAAGCGGCAUGAUGGAGACAGCAGCCGUCCUUCACAAACAUUUAAAGGUAGAUUGUGUUAUUCUUCUUCAGUCAAACAUGUUUUACCUCACCAGGGCCGGCGGUAUCAGUAGCGUUUGUUGAAAAGAACGACCACACAAGAUUCUGAUGGUGGCUGAAGUUCACAAUGUAAAAUCUUAAUCUUUAUUCAAGAAAACUGUUUUUUUCCCUUUUUUAUUUGCAAUUUGUGUUCUUGACAGAUGCAUAGACUUCUGCAAACUUAACUCUUAAUUUCUAACCCUGGUUGACUUAACCUGUCAGAGAACAGAUUAAGUUUCACAUUCUAUUAUUACUACUUCUGUAACCAACAUUCACCCUUUUGUUCUGCCUCUUAUGCUUGUAUUGAACUUCAUUUUCCUUAUUUAACAGCUGUUUGUCAGAUAAAUAAUAUAAUAAAUUCUUCUUUAGA